GUUACGAAGCGCCUUGGGCGGCCGCCGGCUGCCGUGACCCAGCUCGCGCCCGACGAUGUGGACACUGUCGUCGCCUCCAUUUCACAGAUAGGAAAGCUGAGGCCCAGAGACGCGAGCGAGGCAGCCGGCUCUGUCCACGGGCACGCGUGCCCCUGCCCAAAGCUAAGCAGCACCUGUCUCCCACCUCACCCUGCCUGCCGGCGACGGAAGGCCGCCGCAUCCUCCUCGGGCCCCCACCUGAGGCCACUCCCGUAGGGCCGGCCACGCCGGAAGGCUCCCCGGAGGAAGCGAAGGUACUCAGCAGGUGGAGCUGUGGCCGCGGCGGUGCGCUCUGCUUCCCGAAUCCCCACGAUCCGGGGUUUUGCGUGGAAGGAUUCCGGAGGAUAGCAAAUACCAGCACUUAAGAAGCCACAGCACGCACACUGGUGGUGAUGACUGACCCUGUGUUGGACUCGCAGCCAGCCAGCAGCGCUGGGGAGAUGGAUGGACUGUGCCCCGAGCUGUUGCUGAUCCCCCCUCCUCUUCCUGACCAUGGAAUCAUGGGGCCCGUCCAGAGCCCCUGCCCUCCCGGGGACCCUGCACCUUUGCCUGCCGACCCGGACUGUCUGCUGGUGGAGGCCACGGCGACUGAGGAGAGCCCGGCGAACAUGGAGAUCAUUGUGGAGACCGUAGCUGGAACCCUGUCCCCGGGUGCUGCCGGAGAGACCCCAGGUGUCCUGGUAAAGGUGGUGGAGGUGUACUUCUGUGAGCGCUGUGAACAGAGCUUUGCAGAGCCUACUCUGCUGGCCCUGCACCAGUGCCCUGAGACCCACAUACAGCCCGUGCAGGGCCUCGCUAGCCCCCCGUGCUCUGUAGAGCUGCCCCCCCGCAACCUCACCCUCCCUAGGCCUCUGCAGGGCCAAAGCCCACCAGAUAGCUCCCUGCCAUGCCCUGUGUGUAAACAGGAGUUUGCUCAACCCCAGACCCUGAAGAGCCACUUCAAGAUUCACCGGGCCACUCCCGACACCUUCUCCUGCCCAGAGCCUGGCUGCGUGUUCUCCGCUGAAGAUCGCAAGGGUCUGCAGCACCACCUGCGGCAGACCCAUGGAGCAGUUCCUGUGGCCUGCUCUUUCCGGGGCUGCGCCCUGCUUUUCGGGAGCCGGCAGGGCAUGGAGCUGCACCGGCAGGCCCAUUACCCUUUCCACUGCAGCCGCUGCGACUUCAUGGGCUCCAACGUGAAGCUCUUCCGGCAGCAUCAGCGGAGCCACGGGCCCGGGCCGCAGGGAGAGCGUCCCACCGUUCAGGGCCUUCCAGCCCAGGAGCUGCUGUCAGCUCCCAAGCGGCCUCCAGGACAGGGAGGGCCUUCGGAGGAAACAGGUGCGGCCUUGCCUGGGCAGGAGUCGGCCGGAGAGGAGGACGCGGAGGAGGAGGAGGAGAGCGGCACCCAGAAGGACUCCCCGAAAGUCCUGGAUAAAGUUCAGGGGGCCCAGCAGGUGGAAGGGAACGUGGCUGCUGGCACCGAGUCGCUCUUCAAGACCCACAUGUGCCCGGAGUGCAAGCGCUGCUUCAAGAAGCGGACCCAUCUCGUGGAACACCUGCACCUCCACUUCCCGGACCCCAGCCUCCAGUGCCCCAACUGCCAGAAGUUCUUCACCAGCAAGAGCAAGCUCAAGACCCACCUGCUGCGGGAGCUGGGCGAGAAGGCCCACCGCUGCCCGCUCUGCCACUACAGCGCCGUGGAGAGGAACGCACUGAACCGCCACAUGGCCAGCAUGCACGAGGACAUCUCCAACUUCUACUCGGACACCUACGCCUGCCCCGUGUGCCGGGAGGAGUUCCGCCUCAGCCAGGCCCUCAAGGAGCACCUCAAGAGCCACGCGGCCGCGGCCGCAGAGCCCCUGCCCCUCCGCUGCUUCCAGGAGGGCUGCGGCUACACGACCCCCGACCGCAAGGCCUUUGUCAAGCACCUGAAGGAGAGCCACGGGCUGCGGGCUGUGGAGUGCCGCCACCACUCGUGCCCCCUGCUCUUUGCCACGGCCGAAGCCAUGGAGGCCCACCACAAGAGCCACUUCGCCUUCCACUGCCCGCACUGCGACUUCGCCUGCUCCAACAAGCACCUGUUCCGCAAGCACAAGAAGCAGGGCCACCCCGGCAGCGAGGAGCUGCGCUGCACCUUCUGCCCCUUCGCCACCUUCAACCCCGUCGCCUACCAGGACCACGUGGGCAAGAUGCACGCUCACGAGAAGAUCCACCAGUGCCCCGAGUGCAGCUUUGCCACCGCCCACAAGCGGGUCCUCAUCCGACACAUGCUGCUGCAUACCGGCGAGAAACCUCACAAGUGCGAGCUCUGUGACUUCACCUGCCGCGACGUGAGCUACCUGUCCAAGCACAUGCUGACCCACUCCAACACCAAGGACUACAUGUGCACCGAAUGUGGCUACGUCACCAAGUGGAAGCACUACCUCAGCGUGCACAUGCGCAAACACGCAGGGGACCUCAGGUACCAGUGCGACCAGUGCUCCUACCGCUGCCACCGCGCCGAUCAGCUGAGCAGCCACAAGCUGCGGCACCAGGGCAAGUCCCUGAUGUGUGAGGUGUGCGCCUUCGCCUGCAAGCGCAAGUACGAGCUGCAGAAGCACAUGGCUUCCCAGCACCACCCUGGCGCGCCGGCCCCGCUCUACCCCUGCCGCUACUGCAGCUACCAGAGCCGCCACAAGCAGGCGCUGCUGAGCCACGAGAACUGCAAGCACACGCACCUGCGCGAGUUCCGCUGCGCCCUCUGUGACUACCGCACCUUCAGCAACACCACCCUCUUCUUCCACAAGCGCAAAGCCCACGGCUACGUGCCUGGGGACCAGGUCUGGCAGCUCCGCUACGCCAGCCAAGAGCCAGAGGGGGCCAAGCAGUGCCCGACACCGCCACCAGACGCAGAGCACUCCAGUCAGCCGUCUGCCCAGCUGGAGGGGCCGGGCCACGAACCUGGCACCUCGGCAGACCCCAGCUUGGACCAGCCUUUGCCAGAGACAAAUGAGGAGCUCAGCGCCAGGAGGCAGGACGAGGCUCCCCAUCAGGACCACCUGGUGGGCAGCCCCAGCCCAGCAGAGGUGGACGAGGGCAGCUGCACCCUGCACCUGGAGGCCCUGGGAGUAGAGCUGGACCCCGUGGCCGUGCCACCCCUGGAGGAGAUGACUGAAACAGCCCCCGUGGAGUUCAGGCCGCUGGCCGUGGGAGGGCCAGAGCUGCCCAGCUUUGAAGGUGUCGGGACUUCUGGCUUAGGUGCUGAAGAAGAGCCCGUUGGGGAGAAGUCAGUCCCUGAGCCCCCAAGAACUCCUCCGUCCUCAGAGGAGGUGCCUCAUAGCUGGGUAGACACCUUCAAGGCCACCCUGCCCGCCGAGACAGCGGCCUUGCCCCAGCUGCCUGAGUCGGAGUCGCUGCUCAAGGCCCUGCGGAGGCAGGACAAAGAGCAAGCAGAGGCCUUGGUGCUGGAGGGGCGCGUGCAGAUGGUGGUGAUCCAGGGAGAGGGGCGGGCCUUCCGCUGCCCCCACUGCCCCUUCGUCACCCGGCGCGAGAAGGCCCUGAGUCUGCACUCCAGGACGGGCUGCCAGGGCCGCCGCGAGCCCCUGCUGUGCCCCGAGUGUGGGGCCAGCUUCAAGCAGCAACGUGGCCUCAGCACCCACCUGCUCAAGAAGUGCCCCGUGCUGCUCCGGAAGAACAAGGCCGUGCCCGGAUCAGACCGUGCCAGCCCUGUGCGUUCUCUGCUGCCGGGCACGUGUGCCGCGGAGGACGCGGGAGGUGGGAGGCCCAGCCCCGCGUCCUUACAGGUGGAGCUCCUGCUCCCCAAAGAUGCCCCUCCUGACGCGGCCGGGGAGCCGGAGGAGACACGGGCAGCUCCUGCCGCAGCGUGCGGCGCGCCGGGCCCUGCCGUGGGGAAGCCCUGCUCCCCGGAGGCCCCUGAGAAGUUCCGCUUUGAGCAGGGCAAGUUUCACUGCAACUCCUGCGCGUUCCUGUGCUCUCGGCUCUCCUCCAUCACCUCUCACGUGGCCGAAGGCUGCCGUGGGGGUCGAGGUGGGGGUGCAAAGCGAGGGCCGCCCCCGACCCAGCCUGUGCCGUCGCCUUCGAGCCACACAGCCUCUGCUCCCCUGCCCGGCGGCGCUCCAGAGCCCGGCCCCGGGGCUGGAGACACAGCCGCGGCGCAGAAGCAGAAGGGGGCCCGCUUCUCCUGCCCCACGUGUCCCUUCAGCUGCCGGCAGGAGCGGGCUCUGCGGACUCACCAGACGCGGGGCUGCCCGCUCGGGGAAUCCCGAGAGCUGCGCUGUGGCCUCUGCCCCUUCACGGCUGCCGCCGCUGGUGCCCUGCGGCUCCACCAGAAGCGGAAACACCCCACGGCGGCCCCGGCGCGCGGCCCGCGGCCCCCCCUGCAGUGCGGGGACUGCGGCUUCACCUGCAAGCAGAGCCGCUGCCUGCAGCAGCACCGGCGGCUCAAGCACGAGGGCGUGAAGCCGCACCAGUGCCCGUUCUGCGACUUUUCCACCACCCGGCGCUACCGCCUGGAGGCCCACCAGUCCCGGCACACAGGGGUCGGCCGCAUCCCCUGCAGCUCCUGCCCCCAGACGUUCGGCACCAACUCCAAACUGCGCCUGCACCGGCUCAGGGUACACGACAAGACGCCCACCCACUUCUGCCCACUCUGCGACUACAGCGGCUACCUUCGCCACGACAUCACUCGCCACGUCAACAGCUGCCACCAGGGCACCCCAGCCUUUGCCUGCUCCCAGUGCGAGGCCCAGUUCAGCUCCGAGACCGCACUGAAGCAGCACGCCCUGCGCCGGCACCCGGAGCCCACCCACCCCGCCCCGGGCUCUCCCGCAGAGGCCACCGAAGGGCCCCUGCACUGCCCCCGCUGCGGGCUGCUGUGCCCCAGCCCCGCCAGCCUGCGGGGACACACCCGGAAGCAGCACCCGCGGCUGCAGUGCGGGGCCUGCCAGGAAGCCUUCCCCAGCCGGCCCGCCCUGGACGAGCACCGGAGGCAGCAGCACUUCAGCCACCGCUGCCAGCUCUGUGACUUCGCCGCCCGGGAGCGGGUGGGCCUGGUAAAGCACUACCUGGAGCAGCACGAGGCGGCCGCGGAGGCGGCUGGGGACGGCGGCCAGCCCCCUCUGCGCUGUCCCUUCUGUGACUUUGCGUGCCGCCAUCAGCUGGUGCUAGAUCACCACAUGAAAGGGCACGGGGGCACGCGGCUCUACAAGUGCACCGACUGCGCUUACAGCACCAAGAACCGGCAGAAGAUCACCUGGCACAGCCGCAUCCACACCGGGGAGAAGCCUUACCACUGUCACCUCUGCUCCUAUGCCUGUGCCGACCCCUCCCGCCUCAAGUACCACAUGAGGAUCCACAAGGAGGAACGGAAGUACCUGUGCCCUGAGUGUGGCUACAAGUGCAAGUGGGUCAACCAGCUCAAGUACCACAUGACCAAGCACACAGGACUAAAGCCAUACCGGUGUCCCGAGUGUGAAUACUGCACCAACCGGGCCGACGCGCUCCGCGUGCACCGCGAGACACGGCACCGCGAAGCCCGGGCCUUCAUGUGCGAGCAGUGCGGCAAGGCCUUCAAGACUCGCUUCCUGCUGCGCACGCACCUCCGCAAGCACAGCGAGGCCAAACCCUACGUGUGCAACGUGUGCCACCGCGCCUUCCGCUGGGCUGCCGGCCUGCGCCAUCACGCCCUCACCCACACCGACCGCCACCCCUUCUUCUGCCGCCUCUGCAGCUACAAGGCCAAGCAGAAGUUCCAGGUGGUCAAGCACGUGCGCAGGCACCACCCUGACCAGGCGGACCCCAGCCAGGGUGUGGGCAAGGACCCCACCACCCCCACGGUGCACCUGCACGAUGUGAAGCUGGAGGACCCCACCCCUCCUGCUCCUGCCGCGCCGCCCACGGGACCCGAGGGCUGAGACUUCCCUGCCUCCCAGGUGGCUGUGCUCCAAGAUGUGCGAGCUGAGGCCAGAACCAGCCUGGGGCGCCCCCGGCCUCAGGGGGGACGGCUCUGGGGCACUGGGGUGACUGUCGCCCUCCUGGGACACUGAAGUGAACAGCGGUGUGAGAGAGGGACACGGCCACGACAGUGCCUUCUCGUUGAGGGCCGGUGAGUUCCCAGUUUCUUCGCCGUCUCCAGCAAAGGCCCUGACUGAGAUCUUGGUUUUAUUCACUCACCUCUUCCUUCUUACUGUGUCAAGUUCCUGUUUUCUUUCAGCGUUGCAAAACCGCUGUACCCACCCGCAUGUACGGUUGUGCCCGGUGCUCUAUAAAGCAUGUGAAGCAGCGAA